CCAAAAACGCUUCGCUGGCCUCCGCUGGCCGACCAACUUCAUCACGCCGAAAAACACUACAAUCCCAAUGUUUUUUAACAAUUCAAAACCUAUUUGAAAAUCUAUAACGAUUGCCGAGUAAUGGAGAGCCAAACCAAACCUGGCGUGACAACCACGCAGAUCCGGCGAUUUACUGCGCACUAUUUCAGCCUUUAAACUCCGACCCGGAAAUCAUGCGGGUAUUUCCUGUCACAGACGCCACAGCUGGUUUAUAACGUUACGUGGAUGGAGGCGAUUCUGUCUGGAUUAUUUAGGUUUUCACUGCUUCAUCGCUCGUCACGCAUCAUCCAAGGCAAUCACAGAUUUGUUUAUGAGAAGCUCCUCGGACCAAACACUACGCCGCACCAUCUGGUUUACACCAGCGAUAGAACCAACAGGAGCAAGAUGGCUGCUUGUAGCACGGACCCAGCCAUAGUGAGUCGCAUCAUGCGUCCUGACGAUGCCAAUGUUUCGGGAAACGUACAUGGUGGGAAUAUUCUGAAGAUGAUAGAGGAGGCAGGGAUCAUUGUGAGUGCACGCCACUGUAAUCUCUACGCAGGGGAGGAGGGGCGGGAUCUGAGUGCUCCAAGCCUGGUUAGAAUAGAGCAGAUGGACUUCCUUCAACCAAUGCAUGUAGGUGAAGUUGCCCAGCUUCAGGCAGAUGUUACCUUCACUGGACCUCAUUCCUUGGAAGUCCAGGUCCGGGUUUGGGCCGAGAAUGUCCUUAAAGGAAGCAAACGACUGACUAACAAGGCGUCUCUCUGGUAUGUUCCCAUCUCUACUGUGGCCCAAAAAGUGGCCGAGGUCCCACCUAUGGUCUACUCAUCACAGCAAGCAGAGGAGGCAGGACGGAAGAGGUAUGACUACCAAAAGGCACAUAGGGAAGAGAACAAUCAUGUGGUGAAUAAUGUCAUUGAGCCUCGACCAAUGGACUUGGAGGCUGAGCCCCACACUGUACGUUACUCCCAGUCCUCUCUCAUCCAUCUUGUGAACCCAUCAGACACAGCCAUCCACGGGUUUGCCACAGGAGGGGUCACACUGAAGCUGAUGGACGAAGUGGCAGGGAUCACAGCGGCAAGGCAUUCCAAGAACCGUGUGGUGACCGCAUCCAUAGAGGCCACCAACUUCCACCGCCCUGUCCCUAAAGGCAGCCUGAUGCACCUAAUGGGCAGAAUUAGCUUCACAAGCAGCAGAACAAUGGAAGUUGAGGUUGCGGUGGACCUGGAGAAGAUGACAAGUGGAGGGAUGACAAAGGAGCGGGCAGCGACAUCGUUCUUUACAUUUGUGUCACUAGGGGCUGAUGGGAAACCCAUCCCAAUCCCUCCUCAUAAGAUCACCACAGAAGAAGAGAAGUUGAGAUUUGAAGAGGGGAAAGGAAGAUAUGAGAGAAAGAAAGCUGAGAGAGAGGCUCACAAGAAGGUGGACACAUAAACAAUACACUGGUCCUGUCAUGCUAUCAAUAUUAGCAGUUCAAAAAUGUACAACUGUACAUCUGUCAACUCCAUUAAGGAGGCAUACCUCCUUCAGGAGUUUUGUGGUGGAGGCGAUUUUUCUGUUCACAGCUAGAUUAUAGGGUUGCCUUUGUUUAAAUGGCAUGUAAUUUUAUACGUCAUCUCGUGUCCAGUCACGCCCUUCAUGAUGCACGUGUAUCUAUUUUUACCGUAGCUGCUUUCGCGGUCAAUGUAAUACAUGUAUUUCAAAUGCACCCUGCAUUUAUGAGGCAAAUUGGUAUGGCCUAUGGUUUUGAAUAGUGAGUCUGGCCGUAUCCCAUAUAGCAGACGUUUGGUGGGCUGGUAAUAAGAAACAGAUGCGUGUCUCACGUUGUUUAUGUAUGGUGGUAAAUUUCAAAUGU